UCAUAUCUGUAAAAUUUCAAUGGUUUUCGAAAUGAGUAGCACAUGAGUUCCUAGUGCUCAUGACACAUUCGACGAGUAGAGUGAAUGUACAUCACACGCGAAGAACAUGUAUGUACGGCUUCCCACAAGGCUUAGCGACGUCAUAUUUCCUCUACAAGAUUUAUAUUAUAACGGGUUUUUAUAUAUUCAGGGCUGCCGUCAAGCUGGAGUGUGUCACCUCACUCUCCAGUCCAGAGGGUGUCGUAGUGUUCCAUGGUAAUUCUCAACUUGGACGCCGACAUCUUGGCUGAAUAUUGUGAUCCUCAGAUAUGUGAAGCUGUCAGGGUCUUUGAAGUAGGCCUACGAGUCAAAUUAACAGCACGCGUACAUGAACUCGAUGACUGGUACAAUAUUGCACAGAGUAUCCAUGGAAGCAAUCCCAUCAGACGUAGUAGCAGUAUUUCUCGGCAAGCAGUUAUUAUUUUGAAACUGUGUUCAACCUUGGUAUCGUAGAGCAACUGUACAACACAUGAACAUUGAAACACGCCAGUGUACACGUACAUCGCUGUUUUGCUGAGACCAGACUUGGCACUUUCCAGUUGUCGGACUGACUUUUUGCUUGAGGUUUUCAAAAUGCCAGAUCCACGAUCCAAUUACCAGCGUGCGGCUCGUGUGGCCGCGGCUACAGCGCUUGGUUUACCCACUGCAGGGUUGGCUUACCUUCGCUUGAAGUACGGGCCAACCCUAGCUGACGAUGUCGUCAAAAUCUACAAAGGCUACAAAGUGAUGAAACGUGUACAACAUGCACAGGAAAACAACUUCUUCAUUGUGGAUUUCUUUGAGCUGCACGUGAAGGAGACACCAGACAGGCCGUUUCUGCUUUACGGUGAUGACACGUACACGUACGGAGAUAUGGACGGGGAAGCAAACAAGCUAGCUCGAUUUGUGAUGAGGCAUGGAGCCCUCAGUUGUAAGGACUCAGCAGCAAUCCUAAUGCUAAAUGAGCCUGGCUUCAUCGUCAGCUGGUUGGCCUUCAGCAAAUUGGGAGUACAGACGGCUUUUCUGAACUACAACCUCAAAGGACGGGCCUUACUACACUGCAUGAAGGCAUGUAAGAUCAAAGCUAUCAUCUGCGGGAAAGACACCUGGCUCUUGAAGGAACUGGAGACCAUCAUGCCAGAAAUUCAAGACCUUGGAAUCAAGGUGUGGGUUCUGGGAAAGGUCACCGAGCGCCCCCUGCCGUCGGGAAUGACACUGGUCAACACGUGGAAUGAGCGCAGCGAUCCAAUCCCUAAGAGCACUCGUGCAGGAAUCAGCAUCAGGGACCCGUCUGUGUAUAUAUUCACCUCUGGAACAACAGGUUUCCCGAAGGCAGCCAAGGUGUCGCACUAUCGGUCGUGUGCUGCUAGUUUUAUCAUGUCAUCAAUGGGCCAUUUAGAGGGUUCGGAUAUAUUUUAUGUCACACUGCCGUUGUAUCACAUCUUUGGGUUUAGCAUGGGCCUUUUGACUAGCAUAGUAACAGGAUGCACUGUUGCGCUUAGCACGUUCUCUCCCAAGAUAUUUUGGGACGAGGUUCGCAAGUACCAAGCCAAUGUCAUUUUAUACAUCGGGGAGAUCUGUCGCUAUCUUCUAGCACAACCACCGUGUCCUAACGAUGGUGAACUAAAGAUUAAAUGCGCCAUUGGCCUUGGAUUACGACCAGACGUUUGGGAGGACUUUCAGAAACGUUUCAACGUCGGUCAGAUUUAUGAGCAGUACGGAGCUACGGAAAGUCCCUUUAUGAUUGUCAACACGGAGGAUAAAGUCGGCAGUGUGGGCCGAUUUGGAGGUCUCAUGAAGGCCGUACUUAACAUCAUCGAGAUUGUCAAGUGCGACAUCGAGACGGCUGAGCCUAUCCGUGAUGCCAACGGGAAGUGUAUCAUAGCUGAGCCAGGUGAGACAGGUCUCUUCGUAGUCAAGGUGGAUCAGCGGAUCCAUUUUGACGGCUACAUGGCCGACAAGAAAACGAACGAGAAGAAACUGGUCCGGAAUGUCAAGAAGGUGGGAGACGUGUACUACAACAGCGGCGAUCUGAUGAUGGUUGACAAGGAGGGUUAUUUGUAUUUCAAGGACAGACUCGGCGACACCUUUAGAUGGAAAGGGGAGAACGUUUCAACUACUGAGGUCGCCGAAAUCAUGGGUAUAUUUCCCGCCAUUAUGGAGAGCAAUGUGUAUGGCGUCGUUGUUCCAGGGAAGGAGGGUAAGGCAGGUAUGGCAGCCGUAAGGCUUAAAAAAGACGUCGAAUUCGAUCCCAAGAGCUUGUAUGAUCACGUCACCAAGGCUCUGCCCCUCUACGCAUGCCCCAAAUUCCUCCGUAUCACCGAGGAGAUCUUGACGACAACGACCUUUAAGCACCAAAAGUCCAACCUGGCCAAAGAGGGAUUUGAUGUGAACAUCAUCUCCGACCCUCUGUACUUUCUGGACGUGGAAAAGAAGACCUACGUGCCUUUGGAUAAGGACGUCAUGCGACGGAUUGUGAUUGGCCAGGCCAGACUUUAGGGAGCUGGGCUUUGGCUACAGUACAAUCUAGGGACGACCGCCUAGCAACGGCAUCCAUCUAUCGUGAUUUCCAUUGAAACUUUCAUGUUCUCAGAUGAUAGAACCAUGCCAACUAUAUAUCGAUUCCAUUUAGUGAAACGGACUGGCUGCAUGCAUAAUAUUGAGGGUAGUGACCAUCACAAGACCAUCACAAGACCAGUCACAAGACCAGUCACAAGUAACAGAGUAAACAAUGACGAAGGAAUGCUUUUAAUUUUGUAGCAGUUCAUUUGAAUAUAGCUUGUGACUUGAAUUCAGACUGAAGGUCUUGUGUCGGUCUUGUGCUGGUUUUGUGUGGUCUUAUAAUUGAUCUCGACUACAACACUGAUUGUUUGCGCUCUGUAACACUGAAAAUCAGAGCUUUGCAUAGAGAGAGUUGCGACAUGACACUUGUUGGCAAUAAACUGGCAGGUGUAUGCGCCAAUGCACUUGGAUGGUUAGCAUACAGUAGCCGCACGCUCUGAAGUACACAUACACAGUACAGAAGCCAUUUUGUUUUCAAACCCUGAAACCGGCCCAACUCUUCUCAACUCAACUCUACUGGAAACAAAUUAAGUCGGCCUACUGGGCGGAUUUCGUUGGUUUUUGUACGCUAGUGAAUCAUUCACAGAUAUGUUUUUACUUUUGGAUGGGUGUCAAAACCAUGCUGAGACUACCAUGCGAAUAUAUUCAUUGGAGUAAGUAUAAAUCUCUGUAUUUAUAGAAGUCAUAUACUCGCUUUUUACAGCCAAAAUGAUCACCCCAACCCAAUUUAACCCAACAGUUUUCAAGUGAUUGUGAUUUAUCACACAGCUUACCAUUGUGUAAUCUUCGUCGAUUUUUUUCUGUAAGAACUCACCCAAAGACCUGCAAAUAGUUAUCAGAACGUUUAGACGCGAUACUUACUAGAUAUUGUAAUGUUAGGGUUCAAGUCGUUCGCUUGUGCACUAUUUGCCGUUUUUAAUAACGCUCGUAAAAUAGAAACAAUUCUACAUUUUAUCUCAAAGAUUUCAAAUGUAGCUCCAUGACAUGUUGACAAUGGUGAUUCGAAAACUAAAGUGCCUGAUCAAACCUUCACCGAUUAUUGUACAAAUAUUACGUCUGAUUAGUAAUAAGUCUUUAAGUUUUCGUAAAAAGCACCAUAAAUAGUGCAUCUUUUAGCUUUGCUAUAAAGUAGUUGUUCCUCGAAGAGAUUCUUUUUAAGAGGAAGAAACCUCAGCAUUUUUCUUAAAUAAAUCAUCUUUAGCGAAGUUUAAGGCAUUGUAGCUUUUGAAGUGGUUGAAUUGUUCGGAGCAAUAAAACUGAAAUGAUGUCAAACAAAA